AUGUAAUGUCACCUUAGUGACACAUUGUAAGGCCAUAGCAUAGAAGUUACCCACGGAAAUCACUGCAAAUGGAUCCGGAUAUCAACAACUCAGCCGAGGAAAUGGCCUUUUGUCGAGCUCUGACCUACUGGCGUGACGUGGAGAAGCGCUAUAUCUCCCGCCAACUGAUGGACUCGCUCUCUAGCACAAAGACACAGCUACUCGCCAUCGCCGAAAACGACACGUCGGAAGCAGAAGAGGCGAAAAAUGCGGAAUUGGCAGAAACUCCAUUUCACAUAAAGUAUCACAAUAAUGGACAAGAGCUGUUCCGGGUAUGGAUGUACUCGUCUUUAUCCCUCAUGGCAGUUCUAAUGCUCAUGAUAUUCGGAAACGACAUAAUUUCUGUGUGGACGUGCACGGAGUGUGUGGAGCCGUGCCAACAGGAAUGCCAAAAGUACAUGUCCGGUAGUUUCUGGAUUGACCGGGCCAGCCAGUACGUCCUGGGCGACGAUUCCCUUCUCUAGGCAAAAAAAAUAUAUACCCGGGCGAAAGGAAAAAAAAAGAAAAAAAACAAACAAACUUUAAUGAAAUAUUAAUUUUACUAAAUAUUAUGAAGUAUUUCAGUAUAUAUUAAGUGUUUGAAGAAUAGCAAUAAGAGUACAUGCUCGGUAUUCUGUGAUACAGACAUUUCAUCUACUGGCGUUUUUCCUCUUUUUAAUAAAUUCAUUAAAAAAUGAAAACCCUUCAAAUUAAAUCUUUUAAAAAACUACACUGAAUCACGUGAUGCGUAGAGUUGAAAGUGAUGGAAAAGUUUUGUGAAUUUUAGAAGUUGGCAAGAUGUGAGAUUUAUUUUCAAUAAAGAGAU